AUUCAUUCAUGUGUUCUCCGUAACAUUGCUCCCUCUACGGAUUUCUCCUCCUCCCUGAUCCGAGAAACCGCUUGACCCUUCGUGCCAGUGAUAGAGCAGCAGUGUCUGGAAAGAGGAUGGACAUAGAGUACCAAGAGGAGCACGUGAGGAGCCCGAGGGGCGUGCAGCUCUUCACGUGCCGGUGGCUGCCGGCGUCAUCCUCGCCCAAGGCGCUCGUCUUCCUCUGCCAUGGUUACGGCGCGGAUUGCAGCGAGUUCAUGAGAGAAUGUGGGAUCAAGAUGGCCACAGCAGGGUAUGGUGUGUUCGGCAUCGAUUACGAGGGCCACGGGAAGUCCAUGGGUACCAGGUGCUACAUCCAGAAGUUCGACAACCUUGUGGCUGACUGCGACCAGUUCUUCAAAUCCAUCUGCGAGAUGGAGGAUUACCGAAACAAAAGUCGGUUCCUGUACGGCGAGUCCAUGGGUGGAGCAGUCGCUCUCAUGCUGCAUAGGAAGGAUCCAACAUUCUGGGACGGAGCAGUCCUUGUGGCGCCAAUGUGCAAGAUAUCGGAGAAGGUGAAACCGCACCCUUUUGUGGUCACCCUCCUGACCAAGGUGGAGGAGAUCAUCCCAAAAUGGAAGAUUGUCCCGACCAAAGAUAUCAUUGACUCCACAUUCAAGGACCCCAUCAAGCGCGAAAAGAUCAGGAAGAACAAGCUCAUCUACCAGGACAAGCCCCGGCUGAAGACAGCGCUGGAGCUGCUCAGAACCAGCAAGGAUGUAGAAGACAGUAUGUCAGAGGUGAGGAUGCCAUUCCUCGUCCUGCACGGCGAGGCAGACACGGUGACCGACCCAGAGGUCAGCCGAGCCCUGUAUGAGGGGGCAGCCAGCACCGACAAGACCUUCAAGCUCUACCCGGGGAUGUGGCAUGGCCUCACCGCCGGCGAGCCUGAUGAGAAUGUGGAGCUGGUGUUCUCUGACAUUCUCGCGUGGCUCAACCAGCGCAGUCGCCAUUGGGAACCUGAAGAACGGGUCCGAACUCCACCGGAGCCUGAGAAAAUCGCCCAUGUCACCAGCAGCAAUGGCACAGAGAGUUGGGUGCCAGAUUCGGCACACGGCCAGCCUCAGCGGGGCUGCAGCUUCCUCUGCAGGCUCGGUGGCCAACCAAACCAGCAGCGAUGUAAGAUGUAGAUAUCCAGAACAAGGCAUUCAUGAUUCAGCAGCUUGAAAGCAUAUAGAUCCCUAAUUUUGUUAGGGGCACCAAUGACUUUAUGAUCAUCAUGAUUAACAUGCAUUAGAAAAAAGAAACAUCGAAAGUUAAGUCCCGGAAAUAUUCUUGGCCCAAGAGUGUGUGGUGGGAUUUGGUAACGACUGAAACUUUUUUAGUCCCUUUAAA